UCCAUCGUGGUUCUUCUCUGAUAACACUCGUUUUCCGCACCCGCGUUCUUUGAGUUUUCCUUCCGUCCAACAUAUUAUGGCGUUGUCCGCGGCGUCGUGUUUUCUAACCGCGGUGGCGUUUGCGUGGUGCGUGUCCGCCGGCGAUCCCGUCAACACCAACAACAACAACAACGGCAACAACAUCAACAUAGUAUUGCCCUCCAACGACGGCAUCAACGACAGCGGAAGUGCCGAUGGUAUCGUCAACAACGACACGGCCGGACUUCCGGCCACCAUCACGGUAUUCAACAGCAGCUCGACCGACAGGGACUCGAGGUUCCUGAGCUUCGCGCCUGGUUCCGGGGACGCCAAUACUCUGCAAGAAAAACAGGACGACACGGCCAGCGAUCCGGGCGCCCACCUGGUAGGCAUCUACACGGACUGCCUGUUCCAGCUGUCGUUCCCGUGCGUUCAACGCAAGCUGUUGUUGUUCCUCGACAAACUGGGCAGGAUGAAAGGAUUCAGCGUUUUGGGCGACAUCCUGUCGGUGGUCAGAAUCAAGCGCGACAUAAAGCCACCGCUCAACGAGACCGACCUGAUGGCCAGGUUGAACAACGUUGACGAACAGAGCGCCGUGUCGGCCCUGAUGGAGCACACGAUGGAUCGGUUCAUCGGCAACCACGUACUCCGGAUAGCGCUACCGGCCGGGAUCACUGCGGCGCUCAAAGGCAAAGGUCGCGCCAUGCCCGGCAACACGUUGGACAUCAACUUGUCCAGAGCCCUGGGAGAAGGCCGGGGAAAAAAGAAGCAGCACAAGAAGAUGAUGCAAAUGUUAAUGAUGGGUUUGAUGGCCAAGAUGGCGCUCAUGGGUCCGUUGAUGAUGUUGCUGAUCAAGGUGAAAGCCAUCAAAGCGCUGUUGCUCAGCAAAUUGGCGCUUUUGCUCAGUCUGGGAAGCAUGAUGAAGGGCAAAAAGAGCGGCGGCGGCUCGGCCGGCAAAGAAGUGAUCAUUGUGCACGAUAACCACGGUGCAGGCGCGGAAUACGGUGCCGGUACCGCGGCCGGAUGGGUGUCGGGUCACACGGCGACAGGAUGGUCGACCGGCGGGGGAGCUGACAGUUACUCGGCGGGAAGUCAUCUCGGUGGAGGAGACAACACUUACGGCGGCGGAGCAGCCGACUCGUAUUCGUCCGGUGCCGGAGCGGCCAGCGGCUGGGGAGGAGUGAACAGUCACAGCGCCGGAUGGGGCAGAAAGGCGGCCAUGGUGCACGAACCACAUUGGGUGGCGUACAGAGCUUACAUACCAACGGCCGAAGACGACCACACCACCGAGAAAUGACAACGCCAGAUGCGCAGCUAUUUAUUAUUAUGAAAAAAAAAAAUACUAAUAUAAUGUUACAUUGUUAAUUUAUUUAUUUUCGACUGCCGAGUACGAUAUAACCGGAGUAAAUCUAUAUAUUUGGACAUUCUCGACGCUGAUCUUCGCAGCUUGAAUCGUGCAAACUAUUUAUUACUAUUUAUUUAUAUUUAUAUUAUACUCUGUGAAGUUAGAACGGCGCUGACUCGUGCCUGCAAGCCCAAAGUGUGUGUUUGAUUUGUAAAUAUUAAUUUAUUUUUUCCGUAUUUAUUUAUAAUAAAUUAUU